UCCUUCAUUCACUUCUUUUCAUUAUAUUUUUUCCUUAAUUUUCUCACCUUUUUCUUUCUCUGCAACCCCCCUUUGUUUUUGAUGUGAUUCUUCACCCUAUCUUCAAAAACCCUUUUUGUCAAGAUAGAAAGCUCCAAGCUCACUAACCAUGGUUUUCUCAUCUCUUCCAAGCUAUCUUGAUCCUCCUAAUUGGCAGCAGCCACCAUUUCUUCAGCAACCUGGAGUUAUCACUAGCGAGAAUCAUCAUAAUUCUCAGCUUCCACCACCAGCACCACCAUCUGCUGGUGGUGGUGCAGGUGGUAUUAGGCCUGGUUCAAUGGUGGAACGAGCCAGGCUAGCUAAAAUACCACACCCUGCGUCAGCUCUCAAGUGCCCUCGAUGCGAAUCAACAAAUACUAAAUUUUGUUACUUCAACAAUUACAGUCUUUCACAGCCUCGCCACUUUUGCAAGACCUGCAGACGAUACUGGACUCGCGGCGGCGCCUUAAGGAACGUCCCGGUCGGCGGUGGUUGUCGAAGAAACAAACGAAGCAAAGGACGUAAAAGAUCAAAGUCCCCAUCGGUAACAUCGGAACGCCAAACCGGGUCAAGCUCAUCUGCCACUACUAUCAACUCUAAUGGUUGUACUGAAAUGUUAAGCCACGUGAACCCAGCAGCAGCGCCACAGUUGCCUCCAUUGGGCCCUUUACAUCAUCUUGGUGACUAUAAUUCUGGUGAUAUUGAGGUUACUUUUGGCGAUGAAACUAGAAUAAUGAGCUCAAAUGGUAUUGGAUUAAUGUUACCAGAUUGGAGAUCAGCGCAACAAGUUCAACAAUUUCCAUUUUUAACCAGUGUGGAUCACCCUCAAACUGGGUUAUAUUCAUUUGUAAAUGAAACUAUGGAGCCAACAGGUUAUGCCGGUCAGCAGCAGCAGCUUGGGUCUAAGCCAUUGGAGAGCACGAUAACCGAGUCGUCAGCUGUUAAAAUGGAAGAAACUCCAUCUCCAUGGUUGAAUCCAUCAAGGAAUUUUCUGGGGAAUUCAGGAAAUGACGAUCAAUACUGGUUUUUUGGUGGUGGUAAUCCAUGGACUGAUCUUUCUGGUUUCAUCAAAGAGAAAUGAAGUCAUAGAUAAGGAUUUUUUUCAAUAAACAAAUAUGCUAACUUUUGCAAAAUUCAAGGUUUCCAAGUUGAUGAUGAUGAGAAAGUGAUGAUGGAUAGGAAAAGGAACGGACUAAAAGAAGACUCUUAUUAGUUUAGAAAAUGGUAAAUUUCGACUCUUGAAAUUAUUUGCUGUUGUUCAUUUUAUUUUUCUUGUGUUUCUAUUAUUGUAAUGUGGUAAGAAAGUAUAUUAUAUGUAUACUAAUGGAGAGAGAGUUUUGGUAUUUGAUAUGAAGAUUGUAGAUUAAAUUGUAUAAGUGAUCAUUUCCUUUAAAAUUGAUAUGUGAAAA